AUGUCUCGAAGAUACGAUUCCCGAACAACCAUCUUCUCGCCAGAAGGCCGUCUCUACCAGGUCGAGUACGCCCUGGAAGCCAUCUCCCACGCCGGAACCGCCAUUGGAAUACUGGCCAAGGAUGGCAUCGUCCUGGCUGCUGAGCGCAAGGUGACGUCGAAGCUGCUCGAGCAGGACACGUCUGCCGAGAAGCUCUACAUCCUUAACGACAACAUGAUCUGCGCCGUUGCAGGAAUGACCGCCGAUGCCAACAUCCUCAUCAACUACGCCCGACAAGCAGCCCAGCGCUACCUCCUGACCUACAACGAGGACAUCCCCUGCGAGCAACUCGUGCGCCGGCUCUGCGACCUGAAGCAAGGCUACACACAACACGGUGGACUACGGCCCUUUGGCGUGUCCUUCAUCUACGCAGGCUGGGACCCCCAGCGCCAGUUCCAGCUGUACCUGUCGAACCCAUCAGGCAACUACGGAGGAUGGAAGGCAACGAGUGCUGGUGCGAACAAUGCCAGUGCAUCCAGUCUGCUGAAGCAGGACUACAAGGAGGAUUGCACCCUGGAGGAGGCGUGCGGCACGGCGGUCAAGGUGCUGAGCAAGACGAUGGACUCGACCAAGCUGAGCAGUGAGAAGAUCGAGUUUGCGACGGUGGGACAGACCAAGGACGGCAAGAUCUACCACCGGCUGUGGGAUGCGGAUGAGAUCGAUGCGCUGCUGAAGAAACACGACCUGGCGAAGGAGGAGACCACAGAGGACAGGUGA